CCAAUGGGCAACAGAGGCAGUAUACCUGUCUUACAUUGUCUGGCAUUGUUCAGUCUGUUACAAUAAUUUACACAUUUAAAGAAAUUUUAUAUCCACAAAAUGUAUUACAUGAUAUAAAAAACUCCAUGUCCAGCCACUCAAAUGCUGAUGAGUUUGACUUAAAAUCAUGUAUAUUUAUUGUCACACGCUCUUCACUAUCUUAACUGCAGCUGUAUAGUCAGUUUAUUAGAACAAAGACGAUGAUUACUACUCAAUCUUAACUCUCCUGAGCAAGAAGAUGUCUAAAUAAUUUUUGUUAAUGAAAGCUAUUUACUAUAGUGGUAGAAUAGCAAUGCUGGUGGUGUAUAGGCUAGUUAUCUCAUAUAGUCAGCCUUGAUCUUUCCUCGUGACAGUUUACCUUGUGUGUAUGAGAUUUUUUGGCUGUUGGAGUACAUGAGACAUUGUGCUUUUUACAGACCUGGGCCUCAUGCAAGGCCUCUUGCAAGGCAUGGAAACAUACUGAAGAGCUUCAUCUGUUACUGGCUGGUGACAACUGGGCCGAAAGGAAGUCAUUUCACCUUGAGUCAUCGCUGUUUCUCCCUGACCAGAGUGAGCGGUGAAAGUAAGGCUGAUUUCGUCUUCGCCUCGUUGACCGAAGAUGAGGGUCCUUAUGAAGAGCUCCUGAAUACACCAGAGGAUAGUUUAAUAGAACAGUAUUUGUGUUUUAUAUGAGAGCUGAAAGAACAGGGGACGGACAUGAAGACUAGACAGAUACGGGCGGCUGACAUUCUGGGUCCUGAUGGAUUGCUCUCUAUGGAUCACAGCACCCCUGGCUUUGGGAUGAUGGCAUCCUGAAAGAGAUUGACAUCAGCCAGCACACCAAAGAGGGAUUUGAAAAGGCAGACCCCUCCCAGUUUGAGCUGCUGAAAGUGCUAGGCCAAGGCUCCUAUGGAAAGGUGUUCCUGGUGAGAAAAAUCAGAGGCUCUGACAGAGGACAGCUUUAUGCCAUGAAAGUGUUAAGGAAAGCAACACUAAAAGUCCGGGAUCGGGUGAGGUCCAAAAUGGAGAGAGAUAUUCUGGCUGAAGUCAAUCACCCGUUCAUAGUCAAACUCCAUUACGCCUUUCAGACGGAAGGGAAGUUGUAUCUGAUUCUAGACUUCCUCCGAGGGGGAGACCUCUUCACACGGCUUUCCAAAGAGGUGAUGUUUACUGAAGAGGAUGUGAAGUUCUAUCUGGCUGAGCUGGCCUUGGCCUUAGAUCACCUUCACAGUCUGGGCAUCAUCUACAGAGACCUCAAACCAGAGAAUAUCCUUCUUGACGAGGAGGGCCACAUCAAGAUUACAGAUUUCGGGCUGAGUAAAGAGGCAACAGAUCAUGACAAGCGAGCGUACUCCUUCUGCGGGACGAUAGAGUACAUGGCCCCUGAGGUGGUCAACAGAAGAGGACAUACACAGAGUGCUGACUGGUGGUCAUUUGGUGUCUUAAUGUUUGAAAUGCUGACAGGAUCUCUACCAUUUCAAGGCAAAGACCGCAAGGAAACAAUGGUCCUGAUACUGAAGGCAAAACUUGGCAUGCCGCAAUUCUUAAGCCCAGAGGUGCAAAGUCUAAUACGGGCCCUCUUCAAAAGAAACCCUGCCAAUAGAUUAGGUGCUGGACCAGAUGGAGUCGAGGAGAUUAAAAGGCAUCAUUUCUUUGGAAAUAUAGAUUGGAAUAAGCUUUACAGAAGAGAGAUCAAGCCUCCAUUCAAACCAGCAGUGGGCAGGCCAGAAGACACCUUCCACUUUGACCCCGAAUUCACCUCCCGCACACCAACAGACUCGCCUGGCAUUCCUCCCAGUGACAACACACACCAGCUCUUCAGAGGGUUCAGCUUCGUGGCCACUAAUCUGGACCAGGACCAGUCCAUUGCUGAAAUACAGCAGAACUCAACUGUCAACCCUAUUGUACAACAACUUCAUGGGACCAACAUCCAUUUCACAGAUGGGUAUGAGGUAAAGGAGGAGGUGGGCUUGGGGGCGUACUCUGUCUGCAAACGAUGCAUCCACAAAAUCACCAGUGUUGAAUAUGCUGUCAAAAUCAUCGACAGAGUUAAGAAAGAUCCAUCUGAGGAAAUAGAGAUUCUGUUGAGAUAUGGGCAGCAUCCAAACAUCAUCACGCUGAAGGAUGUCUAUGACGACGGGAGGUAUGUGUACCUUGUGAUGGAGCUGAUGAGAGGUGGGGAGCUGCUGGACAGAAUACUCUAUCAGAAGUGUUUCUCUGAGCGAGAGGCCUCUGCUCUUCUCUGCACUAUUACCAAGACAGUGGAGUACCUUCACUCACAGGGGGUGGUACAUCGAGACCUGAAACCAAGCAACCUCCUCUAUGUGGAUGAAACGGGAGAUCCUGAGUCGAUCCGAAUUUGUGAUUUUGGGUUCGCCAAACAAUUAAGGGCGGAAAACGGUCUCCUCAUGACGCCCUGUUACACAGCAAACUUUGUGGCUCCAGAGGUCCUGAAGAAGCAGGGGUAUGAUGCUGCUUGUGACAUCUGGAGUUUGGGGAUCCUACUCUACACUAUGCUCGCAGGCUUCACCCCUUUUGCCAAUGGUCCUGAUGACACCCCGGAGGAAAUACUGGCUCGCAUUGGUAGCGGAAAAUAUGCCCUCACCGGCGGAAACUGGGAUACAGUUUCUGAUGCUGCAAAGGACAUAGUCACUAAGAUGCUCCAUGUGGAUCCACACCAACGGCUGACGGCUCCCCAGGUCCUCAGACACCAGUGGAUAGUCAACAAAGAACAGCUGUCUCAGUGUCAGCUCAUCAGACAGGAUGUACAGCUUGUUAAGGGAGCAAUGGCUGCAACAUACUUGGCGUUGAAUCGUUCGCCUCUGGCUCCAAAGCUGGAGCCUGUGCAGUGUUCAAGUUUGGCCCAGAGAAGAGGAAUGAAGAGACUCACAUCCACUUGUUUAUAGCACCCUCAUAGAUGAUUCAGGGAUAGCUUGAAAAUGGGUCAAGGUGCAAUGACUUUCACCAGACACUGGUUUAAGUGCCCGUCCAAAGAACCAGGAAGUCUACAGUAGUGGGAACAAGGAGGAGCCACUUGUAACAAGAAGAAAAAUAAUUGUAGAGAAGAUGCAUCACAUUGUUGCACUAAGACAGGAAUCUUUACAGAUUUUAGAUGCACUCAAAACAAACAAAUGGUGGCUUCAAAGACAAAGCAGAAUUCUGUUCAAAUCUUCUUAAAUUUAUCAUUUGUAUUGAAGAAAUGUAACAUUUAAUAUAUUUUAUUCAUUCAUAUUUGCCUUUUCAUUUAGGUGGCAUCUGAAACUGUUUGUUUGUGAAUUGACACCUGUGUAUUAUGUAGAGUCUGUUUAGAAUGAUAUUGUCUAGGAGACCAAGUCACCUUAUGCAACGUUGAGUUGACACUUUAUCAUAAUCGCUGUAACAGAAGAGUCUAGAACAACUUGUAGUUCAUAACUACAUGAUACAAAUUUUACGAGAUUUUAUCGACAGCAUCUGUAUUUUUCCCUGUGUCUGAAAAUAAGCAUGUUGGAAUGUUACUUUGCUGACACAUUGUUCAUAGUCUAAAAGUUCAAUUACAGCUGCUAAGGAUAUGUUGGUACAUUUUGUAGCAUUCCAGAAAUCCACAGUUAGUAUAGACAUUAAAAUAAACGGAAAUAGCUGAAUGAGUACAAGGAGUAUACAGUGCAUUCAGAAAGUAUUCAGACCCUUGACUUUUUCCAGAUUAUGUUACUUUACAGCCUUAUCUAAAAUGUAUUAAAUAAAUAAAACAU